UGUCUGCCAUGCGUCCUUCAUUCUCACGUCGGGUCUCCUUCCAUCCGUCCAUAUGUCCACAGCGCACACACAAAACAGCUUAAACGCACACCACCCACCGAUACAAACACACACACACACACACACACAGGGGUACGUCCUUGGCCCGCAUCAUAUCGACACACCACAGCACAGCACGAUAUAGCAUGGCAUGGCACAGCAUCGCCAGAAUCGUCCUAAAUACUACACCAUACCCCACGGCACAUACAUAUGUCCUUGCAGAGGGAUGAUAUGAGCAACUUGCUACGGAAAAAGGGAAUGCAUCGCCUCCCGACCUCCCUAGUCAUUGGACGGACGCCCAGCUUCCUGUCGCUUCGUGUGGGUUGUGCCUCGCCGUGAAAUGCAGUCGAUGGCGAGAAGGGUCUCCCCCUGCCACCAUCGCAUUCCAACCCGACCACAAACCGACACAAGGCGACGAGGAAGCCGCAAGCGCACACGUCACCAAGCAACCAGCCAGGCAGCCAGGCAGCCAGCCAGCCAGCCCACAUAUCUAUCUCACGAGAAGACAGUGCGCUUCAUGUCUGUGGUAGGUACCAUCCAUGUCCUCUCGGGCGCGGCGCACAACACCGACAAGGCAAGGCAAGAGCCACAACGGGUGCAUGCAUGAUUCCCCGAAAAGCUCUCACCUUGCCUUGAUUGUCUUGCACGCGCGUACAGAGGGGAGGGAGAAGCAGGCCACAACGAACGAACGAAGGAAGCACACACACCGACCGGUCCGAAAAUGGUAUAGAUGCACACACACCCACUCAAAACUGGCACACACUCCACCUCAAGCCAGGCCAAGCCACGCCAUUCCUCACGCCAUUCCUCACGCCAGGCUAGGCCACGCCAUUUUCUGCCUGCCUGCCAGCCUGCCUCUCUCUCUCUCUCUCUAUCUCUCUCUACUCAUCUAUCUGGGUAGCAACUCAGUCAGUCGGUGUAGUCGUUCGUUGAGUCAGUUAGUUGUAUAUGAUCUGUUCGGCCGCCUGUUUGUGGAGUGCGUAGUCCUCGUCAAUGAAGAGCUUGUGCGACACCUCCCGCGGCUGCAGCCACAGGUCGAUGGGCGACGGCUUCUCUACCAACUCCUGAACACACACACGCGCACACACAUACAGACAGAGACAGACAGAUGUGAAGUGGCGUGUUGUCUUGUGGUGUCUGUCGUGUGUUUGGCGCCGCGCCCUUCCGUACGUUAACGGCAGCGUGUGGGGCGCAGAGUUCCUUGUAGCUGCCCGUCUUGGCCAGGCGCGACUUGAACACCUCCAGUAUGGUCGACAGGUGACACUUGCUGCACACCACACACGCAUGUACUGCUGGCUGAUCUGGUCCCAUCCCAUUUGUGUGUGUGGCCUGGGUGGAGGACUGCUUAGGCGUACGUCAUGUCUUUGCAUGCGUUUGGGGUGGCCUCCACGUCGUGGCCGGUCUGCAUCAGCAGGGGGUUGUCCUUGCCUGUGGUCACAGCACAGCCACACGCGGACACACAGCCAAACAAACAAAAGACAAACAAACGAUCCACACCACACCACACCACACCCCACGUCUGUCUCCCCCGCCCCGCCCACCAGUGCUCCUCUCCUUCUCGCCUCGCUCCUGCGUCGGCCACCAAAUGAACGUCUUAAUAUGAGGCUGCACACACACACACACACAGGCGUGAAGGCACCGCACCCAUUGACGCGCUCAACACGUGUAUGUGUAUGUGUGUGUGCUGACCUCGGUAUCUCCCUCGUCUUUGUGGAGUUCCCAGACGAUAGUUGAUGCGGUGGGCAGGUAGCCCUUGCGAACGCCGGUGAGGGCGAUGGGGUAGUCGAAGAACUUGAGCACCGCAUACAGCAGCUCGCGGUGCGCCAGGAAAUACAUAAACUUCACACAUCAAUCACACACGAGAGAGUGUUUUGCUUGUGGGUGGGUGCAGUGCACUGUGUUGUGUUGUGUGUAUAAUAUGGCCGACGGCAGACAGACCUUUUUGCUAUCGUCCUCAGUCUGUAGCGCGGCCAGGAGUUUUCCGGGGAACUGGCCGGAGAUAUAGGAGAUCUGAGCGGGCGUCUCGAAGAACCACCCCAUCAGGUAGUCAAACGCCUAAAGACAGACACAGACAGACAUGCAGACACAGAGGCAGCCCACACACACACACGGUCCCCUCUAGACAUGCACUACGUCGUCUUUCUUGUUUGCUUACGAUGGUGUGGUAUUUCUCGAGGACGCUUUGUUCGAGCCGUCCGUCGAGGUCGGCGGGGUACCCCUCGUCCUCAGCAAACAGAAACGCAUCAUCCAACGUCUAAACACACACACACACACAGAGAGGGAGAGAGAGAUGUGUGGUCGGACACACACAUUUUUAAUGGCCUCCGACCUCCUUACCCAGGCCACCCCACUCCACUGACCUUGACUAGAUCAGGCAGGAGCUUGGUGCCCUCCCCCGCCCUGCUGUUGGCCACCAGGUCGUAGCCACAGGCCUGGCCCACCUCGUUGAGCACGCUCUCAAAGGCCGGCUCAGCUUGCAGGUGGUUCUCGAUGGACGCCGCCGUGUGCGCGAUGUCGGCGCCGAAUCGUGUGCCGCACAUGCCGUCGCCCACCGAGUUGAAGAGGUUGUCGUGGCCGGGGGUGGUCGUCUGGAUGGGGAUGAUCUGAGGGCUGAUCGAUACAUCGACAUGUAUGCAGAAGAGAGACAAGACACACAGACAAGACGACAGCCAUGCAUGGCACACCGAUGUGUGUGCAUGUCAUGUUUCUCUCUCCCUGACUGACUGACUGACCGGUCAGGUAGGUAUCCGGGGGGUCCGGUGCCGUCAGGGAAGAGUCCCUGUCCGAAUGCGGUGGCUGACAUAAGGUUGCGGUCGGCCGACUCGGACUGCAAGAAGAACGUCCCAUCGUCCACGUAGUGGUCGGGCAGGAACGUCGUGUUCACCAUGUAACGCUCCCGAGUCCACCUGGUGGCAUAGUAUGUCAUCCAUAAUCAUCCACACACACACAUGCACGACACGAACCGCACACACAUCACAUCCACACUAGCUGUUGGUAGAUCUGUCUGUGCACGUGUGUGUCUGCUGUCUGUGUUUCUGUGGGCUUCAUUACGUACUUGCCGACUUGGUACAUUUCGCAGAGGCCGACGGGUGUGAGUUCGCCCGCGGCGCCCUUGAACCGGUUCCUCGUGGAGGCAUAGUUGGGGCAGAUGUCCAGGAUGGGCUCGUUGGCCACUCGGUUGCCGUGCCGCGACAGCACCACCACACGCUUCAGCUCACCAUGAGUCGGGUGGGACGCCAGCAGACACAACAGGCAGGCGACCAGGAUGCAGCCCGUCAUGGACAACGCCACCAUAUUAUUCGGGAAUGCACGGAGAAAGAGCUCUUUGAUUCUUC